GGAUAUGCUGCAGACUGCGUGCAGCUAUGCGGCCGGAUUUUCGAUAAAAAAAAGACGUUAUAAUGGAGACUAAGACUGAAUUCGUGAUUCCUCAAAGUCACCAGAGUGUUCUAGAGAAGGCUAAAGACCGGGUUCAAACGUUAUUCGACGUUUGUGUGGUGCUUGCCAAUCUUGUUGCUGACGGCGGAGGCAAACAGUGGAUCCAAGUCACUGGUCAAUAUGAACAAACAUCGAAAGCCAAGGAAUAUAUCCUGUCACUGUGUGAUCCGCAGUAUAAGCGGACGGAGAAAUAUCCCCCAGAACUUGACGCUAUAUUACGCAAACGGGUAGAUUACAUUGAGCAUGAAUCUCGCGCUGCCAUAUCAUUUUCUGGUGACUUUACUGCGACCGUGAGAGGCACUGAUAUUAAUGUUAUGACCGCAUGCUCUCUUAUGGAAAAAGAAAUAAACGAUGCACAAAAUGGAAUUGAAAACACUGAACUCUCUAAUCCAAGGGGAGAAGAUUAUUGUGAUUCGUCACAGUCGUUCAGUCAUACACCUUAUAUCAUAGACGUUGCUCAAAGACUUUCAAGUGAGGACUGUAGAAGCCCUGGCAGUACAUCUAAGGACUCUGAUUACAAUACAGAUCCUGAGGACGAACCAGACGGCGGAUUUUCAGACAAUAGCAGACUUCAGAAAUUACCAGACGGGGAAGCAAAAAUAGCAGUUUCUCGGACUUGCUCUGAUCAGACUUGGUAUCAGUUUCAAUUAGACGCGAAUGUUACCACCGAUCCUGACGGCUCUCCUGUAAGUAGUUUGAAGAAAUCAGAUCAUUACAGUGCCAAUGUGGAUUUUGCUACAAAGCUAGGAUAUACUGAGCAACAAGUAUUGACCGUGCUUGAUCAACUGGGCCCCGAGGCUGAUAAGAAUGACCUACUUGGUGCAUUGGUCAAAAUGGCCAAAAUAGAUAAUGAUGAUAAAUUUAUCCCACAUGGUGGGUCUCCGACGGUCGGCUUUGAAACUCUUGAUGAUGCUGUUAUUAUUGAUCCACAGCUGGAUGAGAGCUCCAAUCUCAGAGCUAUUGUUAUAGAUGGAAGCAAUGUGGCUAUGAGUCAUGGUAACAAAGAAGUAUUCUCAUGUCAAGGAAUUGCCAUUGUUGUGGACUGGUUUUUAAAACGAGGACACACUUGCAUCAAAGUAUUUGUCCCGCAGUGGAGGAAAGAAGCAUCCAAACCAGAGACACCAAUCACAGGACAGGAGAUACUUACUCAACUUGAGAAGGACCAUAUAUUAGUUUGGACCCCAUCACGGCGGAUAAACGGACGACGUGUUGUAUGCUACGAUGAUCGCUAUGUCUUGAAAUCAGCAAUGGAGUUGGAUGCAAUCAUUGUUUCCAACGAUAACUUUCGAGAUCUACAGAGUGAAAACCCUGAGUGGAAAAAAAUGAUCGAGGAGAGAUUAUUAAUGUACACAUUUGUAGAUGAUACGUUUAUGCCCCCAGAUGACCCUCUGGGAAGACAUGGUCCAAGUUUGGACAAUUUCCUGCGAAAAACUCCAACUAUGCCGGAGUCACUUCCAGCCCCUUGUCCAUAUGGAAGAAAAUGCACGUAUGGGAAUAAAUGCAAAUACUACCAUGCAGAGCGGCCGCACAACCAAAAAAGUAUGAGCGAUCGGCUGCAGGAACAAGCCAAGACCAGGAGAGAACUCAGAGCGAGAGGUACCCAUGAAUCAGCGGGAAGAAUUUUGUCUGCACCGGGAGAGCAGAAAAAAGUUGUCAGCCCUCAGAACUCAAAUAAUAUACCAGAGAAGAAAUAUGCACAAAUGUAUAAAGAAAUAAACGUACCAAAGCGGCCUGUGAGCGGCACUGUCUCAAAUGAGCUGAGACCAGAAUCUGAAGGCUAUGUGCGAAAGCCUGUUGAACACUAUGAACCGUACUCUGAAUUCAGUCGGGGAGUUGCUAACUAUCACCAACCGCAAGGUGGUUAUAUACGAGGACCCAUGCAGUAUCGUCAGUCGCAGCAGCCGCACACAGUUCCCUUAGUAGGCUAUGUUAGACCGCAAGAGUAUCAUUCACAGCAACUGCCACAUACAGUUGAUUUAGCACAAGGAUAUGUCAGAGAGCCACAUCCUCAUCGAUAUAUGGACAGACAAGAUGAAGUUCUUAUGAAUAAAUUCAGGCAAAUGAAACUUCGCGAUCACAGUGAUUACAUGCAUAAUGGUAACUAUGGUUAUGGUAGUCGUGGUUACUCUAAAGAAGAGUAUCACCAACAUGCUCCGUUAUCGCGGCAACAAAGUUAUCAGCAUCCUGAUGUAUAUGGGCAGAUGCAUAGCCAAGGGCAACCUCCAGCAGAAUAUAUGGACCACCAGGGACAUGCUAAUGUUACAAGGAUGCGAAGCUUUCCCGUUGAGGGCGCCAUCCCUCAGAUACGUGAACCUCGUCCGAAUAUGAUGCGUCAAAACAGCACAUCUGAUCCCCAGAUAUACCAAGAUGAUGAACGUAUGCUGCGUACACACAGAGGCUAUUAUCCCGAGAUGGAACCGACUCACUGGUCAUCCGCGGAUAAACUUUAUAGCGGACCCCCAACGUGUAAUGGUGGUGAACAAAUUCCCUGGCCUGGGCCAAAAACUGUUAGAGCACCCAAGGAGGUGAUUUCCAGAUCAAGGAAAACAGAGUCUCCUAAAAAAGAUGUUCUUUCUUCAGGACCGCCUUUCCCACCCGGUGAUGCCAGACUUUUCGUGUUCUACAAUCUGUCGUCAAUAUUCCAAGAAAAAGACAUUCUACAGGCUAUGCGGAGACAUCCUGAGGAAAGAGACCCACAAAAACUGUGCGGUUUUAUAAUAAAUAAAAACUAA